AUGUCAGCCUCAAGCAACGACGUCGUCAUCUCCCCCGUUGAAACAGAACAAGAUGUCAUCGACGCAAAUCAUUGCAUCUCUGAAGCCUUUGGGACCCAGACAAAAGAUGCCAUCUGGAUGCUCUUGAAUCCCGGCUGGGACACCACCGAAGGCCGUCUCAAGAACGCUCAAAGCUUGAUCAAACAAUGGAAAUCCACCACAACCAACAAAGACGGUCAACCCAAUGCCGUCUACCUCAAAGCCACGGUCCCAGAUCCCGAGAAGCCCGGUGCACGUAGAGUUGCUGGCAUGGCAAUUUGGAAGCAGCUAUCCUAUGUGGAAGGCUACGGUGAUGCCUUCACUGGCGAUAUGACCGAAGCAACGCGAACCCUAGAUGAAAAGAAUAAGCGGUUCGCCAUACAAAUGUUCAAAUCCUUGUGGAGGCGACGUAUUGAAUAUCUCAAAGAGAUUGCCUCGCCCGAGGCAGGCCGCAAUCCACCAGCCGUCUUCACUCUGGAUCUCUGCGCCGUGGAUCCGGCAUUUCAGCGGAGAGGAAUCGCGGCCAAGUUGGUGGAGUGGGGUCUUGCGGAGGCGAAGAAGAGGGGUGAUUUGGAAUGCACGACUGAGGGUAGUGCGAUGGGGAGAGGAGUGUAUAGGAAGCUAGGCUUCAAGGAUGAGGGGCAUGGUGAUGUUGUUUGGGAGGUGGAUGAUGAGUUCAAGGACUGGGAAAAGCCAUCGAAUGUGUUCUUGAGGACGCGAUGCGCUCAUCUCCGUCACCCGCAAUGCAUCUUGACCCAUGACUCCUUACUGAAUGAGGAAGGUAUCCAAGGCGCCCUGGAAACUUCCCCUGCACUGCUCUCCAUUGUGAAAUCCACGGGCACACCCCAUCCCAAAACACCCACCAUGCCUAUCGUCGACAUCCACACACAUGUCUACCCUCCAAAGUACAUGGAACUUCUACGCUCUCGCUCCACAGUCCCCUAUGUCCGCACCUUUCCUGACGCUCCAGACUCGGCACGCCUUAUCAUUCUCCCCGGCGAAGAUGACCCUUCCACUCCCUCGACCUCACGCGGUCGCCCCAUUGGCCCGGAGUACUACGAUAUCAAAGAAAAAAUCGCCUUUAUGGAUCUGCACAAAAUCGAAAAAUCAGUCAUCUCCCUUGCCAACCCCUGGCUGGACUUUCUACCCACUGACGAGGCCGGGGCGGCCGCAAAGAGUAUCAACGACGAUGUCAAUGAUCAAUGCGUGCAGUACCCAGGACGAUUGUACUUCUUCGGGACGCUUCCGCUGUCUGCGUCGCCAGAGGUAGUCACGGCGGAGAUUGAGAGGCUGAGUAGGUUGAAGUAUGCUAGAGGCGUGAUCAUGGGCACGUCGGGGCUGGGACAGGGCCUGGAUGAUGCAAAGCUGGACCCUAUUUAUGCGGCGCUGGAGAAGCACAAUCAGCUCAUAUUCCUGCAUCCACACUACGGUCUACCGGCGUCUGUAUACGGCCCCCGUGCAAGCGAGUACGGUCACGUCCUUCCGCUCGCUCUGGGUUUCCCCUUGGAAACAACGAUUGCAGUUAGCAGAAUGCUGCUCAGUGGGGUGUGGGACCGCUUCACUAAACUCAGCGUCUUGCUUGCGCAUUCAGGCGGUACCCUGCCCUUCCUGGCCGGCAGACUCGAAUCCUGCAUCCUGCAUGAUGGCCAUCUCAAAGCGCACGGUAAGACGGAGAGGCGUAGGGACGUGUGGGAUGUGCUGAAGACGAACAUCUACCUCGACGCAGUCAUCUAUUCAGAAGUUGGCCUCAAAGCGGCGCUGGGUGCUUCAGGGGCCGAUAGACUCAUGUUCGGCACUGACCACCCCUUCUUCCCCCCACUAGAAGAAGACGCAAAGGAAUGGCACAGCGUCAAUGCAAAUUACGGCGCCAUUGCCAAAGCUUUUGCAAACGACGACAAGAAAGCGCAAGACGUUUUGGGCGCGAAUGCAAUUCGAAUACUGAGAUUGGAUGCUUGA